AAUCUCAACAAGACAACAAGAAGUGUCGUCCUCUUCUUUCUCUUUUACUUACCAAACAACAUUAACGAGGCUAUCAAUUUACACACAAACCAUGUCUUCUCACUCCAUCUCCUUCUUUAAACUACCAAAAAAACUUAGGGUUUUAUAUUUCAUCUGAACUUCUUCAUUUUUUUUUUUCAAUCUACGAAAUUCUCACCCAAUUAUAUUUUUCCUUCAUUUUUUUCCCCCAUGGAACUACAACUGCCGGAACAGUUUCAUGGUCGGCCAUUGGAGAAUGUUUCCACUUCGGACCAGCCUUGUUUACGUGCAGAAAUCAAGCCAGUGCAAAAUUUUGAUAGUAAUUUAAAGGAAAUCGAGCUGAAGUGUGUCGAUCAAUGCCAUCACAUCCAACAAUUUAACGCUACGGAGCUGGUCAAAGCUCCGGAGGGUGCAGUCGUCCAGGAUGCUGCCUUGACAGUUAGACAUGAUGGUAGCAUGGUGGAUGUAGAGGUCAAGUUUGGCACAAUGAGUAAUCGGAAGCGGGGACGGCCUCCCAGAGCUAGUCCGGUCAAACCAAAAAAACGUCAGCCUCCGCCGUCGCAGAGGAGAAAGAAAGACGAGGAAGAUGUUUGCUUUAUUUGCUUCGAUGGUGGCAAUCUGGUCUUAUGUGAUCGCAGGGGAUGCCCUAAAGCGUACCAUCCUUCAUGUAUAAAGCGGGACGAGGCAUUCUUUCGUUCAAGGGCUAAAUGGAACUGCGGGUGGCAUAUCUGUAGUACUUGUCGGAAGGCUUCAUAUUAUGUGUGCUAUACUUGUACCUAUUCUUUAUGCAAGGGAUGCAUUAAGGACGCUGAUUACUUCUGUGUAAGAGGGAACAAAGGACUUUGUGCAGCAUGCAUGAAAACUAUCAUGAUGAUGGAAAACAGUGCUAUACGGAAUCAAGGAACGGAGCAGGUGGAUUUUGAUGAUAAAACUAGCUGGGAGUAUCUAUUCAAGGUUUACUGGGUGUGCUUGAAAGAGAAGCUGAAUUUAACUUUGGAUGAGCUCACUCAAGCUAAAAACCCUUGGAAUGGACCUUCUAUUAAUGCUUCUAAGGGCAAAUGCUCUGUUGAAGUUGAUAGAUCUUCCGUAAUGGCUCCUAACGGUGAAUCAUCUGGUGAUGUUACUGCACCUUCUAUUAACAAAGGCCCUAGUUCAGAAAAUUCUUCUGGGAAUGCCGAAGCAAAUAAUGCUAAGAGAAGAAAGACUAAGAAGCUACCAGAGUUUCUUAACAAGCCGGACUCCCUUAAUAUGGAAAAAUCAGGUACUGAUGAAGGAACCUCUCCACACGAGGCCCCAAAAUGGGCAACAGAUGUUCUCUUAGAGUUUGUUGCAUUCAUGAAAAAUGGUGAUACAUCAAAGAUAACCCCCACAGAAGUCCAGGGUCUUGUGCUGGAGUAUGUGAAGAGAUACAACCUUUGUGAUCCUGAUCAGCAGUGUCUAGUUGUUUGUGAUGCAAGACUAUAUGGUUUGUUAGGAAUAGAAAGGGUGGGUCACCUUGAAAUGCUUGGGAUUCUUGAGACACACUUGCUUGAUAAGGAAAAUUCUCUGGCUUGUCAAACAGCUAUAGGAGUUGCUGAUGCUUGUGCUAGCCAGAUGGAGAUUGACACAAAAAAUGAUAACCAGUUAACGUCAGAAAAUGAUAUGAGGCAUAACACACAUAUAAGGGCUGGGAAGAAGGGAUCUGUAGCUGAUCCUAAUGGAUAUGCAGCAAUUGAUGUGCACAACAUCAACUUGAUAUACCUGAAACGUAGUUUUGCUGAGAACCUUAUUGAUGAGAGUGACAAAUUUCAAGAGAAGGUUGUUGGGUCAAUAGUGCGGAUAAAAAUUACUGGCACUGAUCCAAAGCAAGAUAUGCAUAGGCUUGUUAGAGUAACAGGUACAGGCAAGGCAGCUGAACCAUAUGUAAUUGGAGACAGAAAAACUGAUUUAAUGAUUGAAGUUCAUAACUUGCAAAGGAGUGAUUUGCUCCCAAUUGAUGUGAUUUCAAACGAGGAGUUCUCUGAGUAUGAAUGUAGAUGUUUACGCGAGAGCAUUAAAUGCGGACUCAUGAAACAUUUUACAGUGGGCGAGAUUCUGGAGAGAGCAUUGAAAUUACAAUCACAGAGAAUUGAUGAUUUACUGGAAGCACAGAAACUGCAGGUUAUACAUCUCCGUGAUCAAGCUAGUGAAAAGGGACGUAAAAAAGAGCUCAGAGAAUGUGUGGAGAAGUUAGAGCUUUUGAACUCUCCUGAUAAUCACAAGCGCAGGCCUCUUGGAGUGGAAGUAGUACAUAUUGACCCACGAAUGGAUCCAAGUUAUGAGUCUGAAGAUGAUGUUGGAGAAUUUGAUGAGAAGAAAUCAGUUAACUGUGUAAGUCCAAGAGAUCCUAAAUCUGUUUCUGGGGUUGCCUCUGGAAAAUUUCUACCAUCAAAUUGUGUGGGUAUUGUGCAACCUGCUAUUAUUGAGACUGAGAAGACAUGGUACUAUGAGGACCCCAAUGGAAAGAAUCAGGGACCAUUUUCCAUUGCGCAGCUGCGUAAAUGGAAUACUAGUGGACAUUUUCCUGUUAAUUUGCGAGUAUGGAGGACAGAUAAAAAACAAGACGACUCCAUGCUUCUGACUGAUGCUUUGAAUGGGGGAUUUUAUAAGACUGUUGAGAGUCGAAAGAAUGUUGGAAUUUGUUGUGAUAAACAGGCCCUCAGUGAAGGCCGUGCUGAUAAACAGGUCCUCUGUGAGGGCAAUAUGGGCCCAUCUUCUGGAGAAAACUGUAGGCUUCCACACGAUCAUAGUGCUUCAAAGGCCUGGGAUUCAAACUCUUCUUUUGUGGCUUUAUUGAAUUCUUGUGAAAUGGCAGACCAGAUACCUCCUGAGAAGUCCCAGCUCGUAAAGGAAAAUGGGGGAUGUGAAAUGCGCCCAGAUGGGGGUGAGAGCAAACCGGGGCAAUCAUUUGGAAAAAAUUCAAGAUCUCCACCUGUAGAUAUUACCAUAAAUGGCUGGGACAACAAUGCUCUUGUCAAUUUGGUGAAGUCUUUUGAGCUUAUAGAUCAGGAUCAGGAGAUGGACUUCUCUGAUCUACCCAGCCCCACCCCCAAUCGGAGCCAUGUGCAGGUUGAAGAUUCUGAGAUGCAAAAGCCUAGGAGUACAGCAUCUAGUCCGGUGGCUGGUGGACCACCGCUACCUGAAGUGGCUGGUGAAGGGAGUGGGCAUUCCCCUUCUCCAGCAAAACCUGCGCUGGACAAGAGGGAGUCUGAUGUCGUGGCAGCAUCUAUUGUAAAACAGACUGAAGUGCCCAGUGAUCAUGCUGCCACCCCAACUUCAGUGCCCAGUGAUCAUUCCUCUUCGUCCCACCCUGCAUCCAAUGCUGCUAGUUGGCAGCCAGUUGAUGUUGCUGUUGCUGAACUUGAGGAAUUCACUGCUUGGUCUGAAGAAUCUGUUUCAGAGCUGUUGGCGGAAGUUGAUGAAGCAAUGCGGUCCUUUAAUGGUGUAGCAUCUCCUACUUCACCUCUGCACUGUGGUGUUGAAAAUGAUUGUUUCAGCCCUCUGAGGGGGUUAAGCUCAAGAGUUGAUACAGGGAGAAGUGCUUCCUUGGGCUCCAGUAGUGAUACACACACGAUUUCUCAGUCACCUGUGAAUGAGGAGCCACGUGGGGUAUCUCAGGGGGAUGUUCUUGAUCGUCAAAAAAGUUCUGGUGGGCCUUCUUCCACAAGUAAUGAGGUGGAAGUCCUAGAGGAAGUUACAAAGUCCAGUGAUGAUUCAGUUAAUCAAUGCAAAGCAGCUUCAAACUUACCACCGCCUUUACCUCCUGUGACAAGUUGGGAGAUGGCCACCAUAGACACCACUUGGAGGCCUGGAACAGAAACUACAAAUAUCAGUGAGGGAACGGUGCAGGGAAAUGCAGACUUGGGAUUUAGAGGAUUGUUUCAAGGAAUAAUGAAUGAUGAUUGGGUAAAUGGUCAGUGGGGAAAUUUAGGCAUGUGGGGAAGCCAACCUAGGUAUGGUGGCGACAGACUCUCUAGUCCUAGAGACUUUAAUGUUGAUGGCAUGGAUUCAAGUUUUGGUAGCGGCAGGCCAGUUUUUAAUGGGCAGGCAAUGUAUGAUGAUGGGAAUGGAGGAGGAAAGACAAUUUUUGAUGAUGGGAAUGGAGGAGGUUCUUUCGGACUUGCACCCAAAAGUCAGCAGGUUUGUAAAUUUCAUGAAACCGGGUUUUGCAAAGAUGGGACAUCUUGUAGGUACUUUCAUUUAUGAUUUAGGAUUCCACGGUCAUUGUGUGGCAUUUAGUUUUGAACUCGUAGCUCGUCUUAGGAAAGGUUCUAAUGUUAAUGCUCUAAUUUAACCAGUACAUCAGUUAGUGAAGCAGCAGAAUACGGAAAUCUAUUUUGGGAUAGUUUUAGGAGCUUAAAAGUAGCACACUCAAUUGUCAUGACUCAUGAUUGUAAAAAACGGCCUUGUACUAAAUAUUCAAUUGCUAGUACCGAUCCUCUCAAUUCAUUACGAAUGGACAACAUCCAUUUUGAGGGGUUGUGUAAUUUAAGCCAAA